UUUCACACAGAAAAACACUGAUUAUUCAUUAUCAAGAAUGACUAAAACCCUUCCCAUAGGUAAUGAAUCAGUAACCAGUUGACGAGGCAAAUUUACCCAGUGUGCAGAAGGGACAUCAAAAUCUGCCUUGAGGGAAAACAAAGAUUUGCAAAGUCUGUUUUCAGUAAGAUUACCAGAUCUAAAAGAGGACACAUUCACUCUGUACGAACCCACAGUGUUUUUUUGUUUUUGUUUUGUCCUUAACGCAGAAGCCCUGAUCUAGAUUAUAUAAGGAAGCUGAAAAGGACUCUGCUAAUAUUUAUUUCUGCACUGUGAUGGACAGGCUUGGUAUGUAUUUAAUUCUCUGUGUUCCUUUACUUCGACUUUGUGAUCUUGAAACAAAGUUUACUUUCUGUUCCAAACGUUUGAAUGAAUAUAUUUAUGUGUUCUGCAAAACCAAUAAUACUAUGCAUGAUUUCUUACUCAUUUUUUUUAUAUUUAUACUGUUUGUUGCAACAAUUAACGAGAAUAAAGAAGUUCACUUUGAUGUCCCUUCAAGCGUUUCAUGAGACUGUGUAAAUCUGUAUGUUUAUAUAUUAGGUAUGGGGGGGGAGUGACCUGACCCAGAUCAGACUCAAACUGAGGCACCAAUGAACGUUGCAUCCAACUCUGACUUCUUUUGAGCUUGUGUAUCGUAGCCUGGUUUUCUCAAAGGAUUUUGCUGUAUCACUCAGACAUGUUGUCAGUGUGCUAGAUCCUCAAAAGGAGAAGAUGCAAAGUGUUGAGUUGAUUUGAGGUUAAUGAGUGAACAGAUGUAAACAGAACAGGACAGUUAGUAACAGGAAGUUGGUGUACCACAGGAAGUAGAUAAUGUGUCAGAUCCACCUGUCUACUUUCACACAGCUCUAAAAACCUGGAAAUGACCUGGUUGUUUUGAACUGAUGUAGCAGUUGGCUAUGUUACAUGCCUGGGCUAUUAAAAUGAAAGCUCUGUGUCUUUAUUUAUUUCUUAAAGUUUUACAGACUUAUUUAUUGAACCAUUAUGUUCAUCUAUCAGACCUCCAUUCGGCUCCAUCCACCACUGACACUAUCCUGCAGGGUCCCAGUACCGCUCUUACAAAUAAUAUUUACGCUGCUGUUAUUAAGGUGUUCAAGGGAGAGGAACUACAGCCGAAUGAACUGUACAGCUUGAAUGAAAAUACUAGGUGGCUUCUGAGGACAGAUAUGGGGUACUUUAUCAAAGAAUAUUUUCAGAAUCAGAUUUUGACCAAAGGUCUAUCAAUCAUUUUGGAUGAGAUUCAGAAGCAUGAAGGAGAGAGACAGCUGUUUGUUUUGGCCCAGGUGUGGGAUAGGUUUUUCACCGAGAUUCUGCCAACGCUGCAGGCUAUUUUAUAUCCUCUGCAGGGGCAGGAGUUGACGGUGAGACAGAUGGCUCUUCUAGGUUUCAGGGAUCUGGUCCUAUUGAAGCUCUCUCUGGGUGACCUGCUGUGCAAGAAUCUGUCUCUCAUCCCAGCAUGCAUCACACAAAUGCUACUUGUGCUACAGGGAAUUCAGGAAUCCAGAGGCCCAUCAAAGCAAUAUUGCCAACUUGAGAGUCUGGUGGCGCUAGUGGUCAGACCCUACUUAUGGAACUGCAGACACACAACCUGCACUGAACAAAGCACCAAAACAGCACAAGUGACUCAUCCUGAGAUAAGGAUUACUCAUCACAUCUCUGAAGACUCUCUGCUGUCCCCUGUAGUAGAACAGGAAGGGGAGAUGUACCUCGAGCGAGUGGGAAACCUACGACGCCACAGUGUGACAAAUGUUCAUUCAGACAUUCAGCUGCUCACUGUUACCAGUAGAGUUUACACUGGGGUGGACGACAGCUGCCAGACCAUGGAAAGAAAGACAGAAACUAUCUGACAUUCAAUAAUUUAUAAAGACAAACAUUAAAACAUCUGAGCACUGUAUAUUGUGAUGUAAAAAACAUGAUAUGAAAAAAUAGUUGUCAGAAUUCCAGUGUCAAUAUAAUUAUCAGAUUAACUCGCAUAUAUUAGUCCAUCUGAUUAAAGAAAAGGUAUUCA